AGUAAGUAUGUUAGCAUGUAGCAGUCAGAGUUAUAGCUAUAGCAAUUUCAGACGUCAGCAGACAAACGUCUGGGAAAUAAAUUCACAUUCAUAGCUCAUUCACAGAGUAGCCACAGUGUGGACAAGAACGGCACAGCAAUGGUGCAAAUAUCCCAAACGGAGGACGAAAUCAAAAUCUCCAUUGAACUCAACAGACUGGUGACACGCAAGCCGGACGUAGUGCUGCUGCCACAAUAUAUCAAAUUCAACAAUCCACCCAUAUUCUUUGAGCGUCAUCUGGCCCAGGAUAUUGACGAGCUGGCCAGCUUUUGUCGCAUUUUCAAGAAUGAAGCGCGCAUUGUGCUAAUCAAAAAGCAGCCUGGCAUUUGGCCAGAGCUAUUCCAAAAGCUGAGCAAGGAGUGUCUGCUGCAGAAGCGUCUGGAGAUAGCCGAUCUCAUAGUGGAGCGCAACAAGCAACGCGAUCAGCUGGCGCUGGAACGCUAUGAGAACAAGCGACGCACCGAAAUCGAAAAGGAAAUCAAGCGUGAGAGCGAUAUGAAAGAUCGUGUGAAGAAUUUCCAGCAGGCAUCUGUGCAGGAGGCGCUCAUGGUCGGCGGAAAGGAAACGCAUGCCAAGCCCCAUGGCAACAGCAACAACGAAAACUACAACAACAAUAGCAACUGCAAUUACAAACAAGGGACUGCAGCGGACAUUAGGCAAGCCACGCCCAUCACACGCUACCAACCCCCGACUGCGAUGACUGCAGUGCGUGGCAGCGGACGCAUAAGCAUUAGUUUCUCCGCUCAGCACAAGCGUGAGACACCCAAGCGCGAGUCGCAGGAGAAUAUACAGAUACCCUUCACCAUUCACGAUCGUCAAAAUGCCAAUCCCCAUGUGGAGAAGACAACGCCCAUGGAAACACUCGAUGAAUAGUAACAAGCAGAACAAUUUUUUUUUACAGUGUGUGUGCGUGUGUGGGGGUGUGAAUAUUGUCAAUAAACUUACACGCGUAAU